UGGGUUAUCUAUGUGCUAUACAGGUAAAAUCUAACUUGGAGCGGGCUGAGUAUGAUACUGGUAAUCCUGAGGAAGACCUUAAAGCAUAGUCCCUUAUGCGACAGCGAUUAUACAACCAAAAACUGCAAGCUGCAUGUCCAAUUCCGUUUGAUGAAGCUAAACUGUGGAAAAGCCAAAGUGGACCUGAGCUAAAGCAGCAAAUUCAAAAGCAAUUCAGGAAUAUCAGCUCUAUCAUGGAUUGUGUAGGAUGUGACAAAUGUCAACUAUGGGGAAAACUCCAGGUUGAGGAAGCUUACAUUGUAGCGGGUCAUUUUAAAACGAUUUUGGUGUAUAAUGAUGUAAAGAAUGGAUACAACUAAACUAUUGAAAGGUGAGAGACGUUGACAAGAUUUCUACAGCUGAAUAGCGUUCAAGGAUACACAGAUGAAUCGAGGGAUUAGUGUCUGAAAUUUGGAUAGACGGAAUCCAUUACUAGGUAACUGGGAGUUUGAAUUGUGUUACUUCAUGAUGUAACUUUAUGGAUCCCCUUUGAAAUGUUGUACCAUUAUUGUCGAAACUUUGUGUUCCUGAAUGAAAAGAAAGUAAUGUCAGAA